UAUCUAUCAGUGAAUACUGUAAAGAGACUCAGAGCUCAAGUGAGCAGUACAGGGGCGGCCCGUCUUGGGGCUGGGGACCCAAGCUAUACAAAAAGGGGGUGAAUCCCCUUCCCCGACUAAACUGCAUAUAUACUCCCCGAUUUUAUACAGAUAUAUGACAAAGCCAAUAAACUGCAGUACUAGCGCACCUUGAACCGGCGUACACUCGCCUAGUAUGCGCUAAAAAAUGCCUAUUUUACUUUUUCUCAUAGACACGUCCGCCUCUAUGAACCAGCGGACUUAUUUGGGUACGACGUAUUUGGAUAUUGCCAAAGGCGCGGUUGAAAUAUUUAUGAAGCUGCGUGCCCGGGAUCCGGCUAGUAGGGGCGACAGGUACAUGCUGGUAACAUAUGACGAGCCACCAUACUGCAUUAAGGCUGGCUGGAAAGAAAACCAUGCAACCUUUAUGAGUGAGCUGAAGAACCUUCAUGCAUCUGGUCUUACUACACUCGGACAGGCACUGAGGUCAUCUUUUGAUUUGCUAAAUUUGAAUAGGCUGGUGUCUGGGAUAGACAAUUAUGGGCAGGGAAGAAAUCCUUUCUUUUUGGAGCCAUCAAUUUUAAUUACCAUUACUGACGGCAAUAAGCUAAGUAUACCCUCUGGUGUUCAAGAAGAGGUGAGUCGUUCUUACUGUGUGCGUACUCAGAGAAUGCUAAACCAAUGCUUAGAGUCACUGGUUCAGAAGGUGCAGAGUGGGGUUGUGAUUAACUUUGAGAAAACUGGCCCUGAUCCUGUUCCUAAUGGGGAAGAUGGUCCUUUAGAUGCACUGAGACCUGCCAAUUCUUUUGCACCACAAGCAUGGCAUAGCUGUCACAAGCUUAUCUAUGUGCGACCUAAUCCAAAAACUGGUGUUCCUGUGGGACAUUGGCCAGUUCCUGAAUCCUUUUGGCCUGAUCAAAAUUCCCCAACACUGCCACCGCGCACUGCUCAUCCUGUGGUGAGGUUCUCCUGUGUGGACUGUGAGCCGAUGGUUAUUGACAAGCUACCAUUUGACAAAUAUGAGCUUGAACCAUCUCCUUUAACACAGUACAUCUUGGAACGGAAGUCUCCUCAUACCUGCUGGCAGGUAUUUGUCAGCAGUAGUGCGAAAUACAGCGAGAUUGGACAGCCAUUUGGUUAUUUAAAAGCAAGCACCACCUUAACUUGUGUGAACCUCUUUGUCAUGCCUUACAACUAUCCUGUGCUACUACCCUUACUUGAUGACUUGUUCAAGGUGCACAAACUCAAGCCAACUCUGAAGUGGCGUCAGACUUUCGACAACUACUUAAAAACUAUGCCCCCUUACUUUUUAUUGCCAUUAAAGAAAGCUCUGCGGAUGAUGGGAGCACCAAAUCUGAUCUCAGAGAAUUUAGAUUGUGGCCUUAGUUACAGUGUUAUUUCUUAUCUGAAAAAGCUUAGCCAGCAGACUAAGCUAGAGUCAGAGAGAAUAAUAGCUUCUGUGGGAAAAAAGCCCCCUCAUGAGACAGGGAUUAAAGUGAAAAACAACUCCACUAGACUGCCUUUGGUUCACAACAGAGACUUUAAACAGCUGGUGCAGGGGACCUCCGGAGAGACACCCAUACGACUGUCAGAAAUAAAUGUUAAGGAGUUUGGUGGAUUUCAAAUAGGGCUCUUAAAUAAGGAUAUGAAGCCACAGACAUACAGAAAUGCCUAUGACAUUCCACGUCCAAACCUUUUAGAUCAAUUGACUAGGAUGAGGACCAAUCUUUUGAAAACCCAUAAACUAAUAGUUGGACAGGAUGAAGACUGUCUCCACAGUGUUCCUGUUUCUCAGAUGGGUAAUUACCAAGAAUACUUAAAGUUAUUGCCAUCCCCUCUUCGAGAGAUUGAUCCAGACCAACCUAAAAGGCUUCACACAUUUGGCAAUCCCUUUAAGCAAGAUAAGAAGGGUAUGAUGAUUGAUGAAGCCGAUGAGUUUGUUGCUGGGCCUCAGAACAAAGUUAAACGUCCUGGAGAUGCAAACACACCAGCUUCCCUUAAAAGAAGGCGCAGCAUGUCCCCCUUACUGCUCAGGCGGCCUCAAACGCCACCCAUCAUAACCAACCACGUUGGAGGAAAAGGGCCUCCUACAGCUUCUGGAACUCCAGCUGCACCUAACCUGAUCAAGCCAAUACCAAUACAUAAAGAUGCCAAUAACAUGCUAAUUCUGGAUGGUAAUGGGGAGAGAACAGAUAACUAUCAGCCUAUAGAAAAGCAAGUGGAUGGCCUGUCUUCGCUAAUGGUUCCUGCUGCUCUCGAUGACGAUAUGCUGCCUAAUGACUUUGAUUCUGUGUCUGAUGAACUGAACUGCUUUAAUGAGGAUAACUUGGACCACAAACCUGUAAAUAAUGCACUUGAUAAGGGAAUCCUUGAAAAUGAAGCACCUGAAGACGAAGGUCUGAUAACCAAUGAAUCCACUUCUAGCAUGUUGCUGCCAAAUUCCUUAAAUGAAAUGAAAAGUAUCAUUGAUGGGACAAAUGCAGAUAUCAAAGUUAGAGUAAUGAAAGAGGUUCGCAAGCCAGGCAGAAAUUAUGAGAAAAUCUUUGCUCUUCUUGAACAAGUUCAAGGACCAUUUGAGAUACAGAAAACUUUUUUUGAAUUCACCAUGAAAGAAGCAUCAAGGUUUAAAAAACGCGUCUUAAUGCAACACCUAGAAAGAAUGUUAUCAGAACUGGAGUUCAAUGGUUUGCCAAACAAUAUGAAUCACUUCAACAGCAGAUAGCAGUGUGUCAGAGACAAAAGGGACCAAGAAAGAGUUGUUGCAGUAGAAAGGAGACACGGUGACCUCCUUUAACACCUUGUACCUCGGGACACUUUCUGGCCAGGGGCAGAGGACAAGCAGCAGAGCAAAUGGUUUAAGAAGCUGAGCACUGAACUUCAGGGGACUUGCUAUGAACUGUGAGGCUUUAUCUGUGUGGAGGGUGCCGCCCACUGAACAGGCUGGAGAUUGCCAUUGGUGGCCCUCCUACAGGUGAUGAGCUUACUCUUUUGUCAGUUAAUACAAUUCCUAUGUUAGAGAAAGCACUUGGGGGAGCGAGCAAGAGGCAAAACAGUGCUCUGACACAGGGUAGUGUACAUAGAUGCAGGUGUUGACUAAUGAUUUGCACAUCUGCAAGUAUAUGAGGUAGCUUGUGCCACGAUAUAACCUUCUCAUUCUCAGAAUAGGUUGUAUCAGACACUUAGAAGCUGGCUUUCUUUGUUCAGGAAAGAUAGACAACCCUGUGACUGUCUUUCCAAUGAGUCAAUAAACAAUCUACCUCAGACUCUCUUCUGUUUUGUCUACAGACAUUAAGAAAGUGCACCUGAGACUCCCCAGGUCCCCGACUUCUUUCAUCCUGUGAACAGGACGGAGACUCUUCAGGUGGACUUGCACUCGUUGUGCUUUGGAAGCACUAGUAAAGGAAGUUUUUUCUUUCUUUCACUGUCUUUUUUAAAUAAAAUGUGUAUUUACUUUUAAUGUUCAUACAGAAAAGAAUAUUUUGAUCAAUAUUGCUAUGAGAUCAGUAAUUUGUGAUAUUUUAACUUGUAUAAAGAGGUUUUGAAACUUGUACAUAAAUAUAUUAUAUAAAUAUAUAUAUAUAUAUAAUAAAAAUGUUUUUAUUAAUUUUUAA